GCGCGCUGGGCAGGGAUUGUGACGUCACUAGGAAGGAGUGUAGACCCGGUUGUAGUUUUCCCUGAGCGCAGUAGAAGGUGAAGCUGAACUCAAUGUGUCUAUAUGUGUGUGGCUCUUUUCUCCUCGACACCGAACACGAAUCUCAUCAUCUCCUCAGCUGUUUGUCUCCACCACGCUCCUACUUUUUUCUCCUCCUCCUCCAUAAUACUAAGCGAGCUCUGGUUUUUUUCCUCGCUAGGUGAAGAAGUUCCGUGUUUUCCUGGGAACACCUUUCAGAAAUCAGUGCCGUCACAGGUACAAAGGAGCAGAGGAUCCGGAAGAACUUGCACUUCGAGUUUGCAGUUUUCCCAACGUGGACUUCGUAUUUACCUGCUACGUUUCACACACACACACGCACUGACACUGUGGAGUUCAACAUGAUGGACGUAAAGAAAAGGAAGAUCUUUAUCCUCGUGGAUGUCCUGUGUGUGAUAAUCGCAGCCAUGCCGUUCGUGAUCAUGACCAUCAUCUACAAGCCGUACCAGCGAGGUGUAUACUGCGACGACGAGAGCAUUCGUUACCCGUACAAGUCCGACACCAUCUCACAUGGCUUGAUGGCCGCCGUUACAAUCACCUGUUCCAUCAUCAUUAUUACCACAGGAGAAGCCUACCUAGUCUACAGCAAGCGGCUCUACUCGAACUCGGACUUUAACCAGUACGCCGCAGCGCUCUAUAAAGUGGUGGGCACGUUCCUGUUUGGCGCUUGCGUGAGCCAGUCUCUUACAGAAAUGGCCAAGUUUACAAUCGGACGACCACGGCCCAACUUCAUGGCGGUGUGCGCGCCAAUGGUGUGCGAAGGCUACAUGCUUCAAAUUAACUGCACGGGAAGCAAAAACAACGUCACCGAAUCCAGGUUGUCCUUCUACUCUGGCCACUCAUCCUUUGGGAUGUACUGCAUGCUGUUUUUGGCGUUAUAUGUGCAGGCACGCAUGGCAUUCAAAUGGGCUCGUCUACUCCGACCUACAAUUCAGUUCUUUUUGGUUGCCUUCGCCAUUUACGUCGGAUACACACGCGUGUCCGAUUACAAACACCACUGGAGCGAUGUACUCGUAGGUCUGUUGCAGGGGGCGCUCAUCGCCGUUCUCAACGUGCGAUAUGUCUCAGAUUUUUUCAAGGAACGUCUUCCGCAGCAGCGGCACCCCGAAACGUGUGAGACGGACGAUUCGGAGCGCAAACCAAGCCUGCAGAUAGCUGAUCAAGAGAGAAAUCACCAUUGCAGCUUUUCUGGGACUGUAUGAGAAACUUUAUGAGAGGCUGGUGUGUUAACACAACAGAAAGUGUGUGUGUAUGUAUGUAUGUGUAUAUGUGUGUGUGUAUGUAUGUAUAUAUAUAUAUAUAUAUAUAUAUAUAUAUAUAUAUAUAUAUAUAUAUAUAUAUAUAUAUAUAUAUAAUGUAUGUAUAUAUAUAUAUAUAUAUAUAUAUAUAUAUAUAUAUAUAUAUAUAUAUAUAUAUAUAUAUAUAUAUAUAAUGUAUGUAUAUAUAAAACCACUGGACAGGCUGCAGUGCUGCUCACUAAUUCCCACAAAUCUGCAUCCCAGAGGCAUCAGUGCAGCUACUGUAGCCACUAAAGCUGAGUGGCACUGACUACAGACUCGCCUCCACACGUGGAUAAUCUCUCCUAUAUGCCUGUGUGUGUGUGUGUGUGUGUGUGUGUGUGUGUGUGUGUGUGUGUGUGUGUGUGUGUGUGUGUGUGUGUGUGUGUGUGUGUGUGUGAGAGAGAGAAUAUGUAUGUGUGAGGAAUCAUAUAGUAUUCCUAUAUUUUGUCCUUUCUGUCGAGGGUCUGAUAUAUUUAUACUUUAUACCGAUUACAUAAAUCAGUUUUUUAAGCACA